UGAAAUUUUUAAUAACGCAUUACGUAGCUACAUAGAAAACAAUAUGGAGCAAGGAUUAGGCCAACCGGAUGCUUUAUGGGAAGCAGUAAAGGCUCAAGUAAAUAACGAAGGAGUAGAUCCAAGCUUAAACAUUGAUGUAAAAUCAGUAAUGGAUUCUUGGACUAUACAAGCCGGAUACCCCAUUGUGACAAUCAACGUCAAUGACAACGGUAUACUAAGUAUUACUCAAAAACGCUUUCUUCUGAGAAAUUUGGAUAAUAUUGCUACGGAAAACAUUUGGUCUGUUCCGCUCACGUUUACUACAAAAAGCCAAGCAGAUUUUACUAAUCUGAUUCCGAAAUAUUGGCUGUCUGACAAAGAAAGCACCGCUUCUUACAAAAUUAACCCGAAUGAAUGGGUUAUAUUUAAUCUUCAAUCAUCAG